CGCCUGGCGCCUGGCGGCGCCGGCCGCGGGGCCGGGGACUCCGAGGCUCGCGGCGGCCGCUCCUCGUGCGGCUACGUCGCCCACAACGGCUUCCUGCCGCUGGUGGAGGAGCCCCGGGCCAGAAACGCGCAGCGCGAGGGGUACUCCAGAUUUCGUAAUAUCGCAGGCCUCGAGCGGCAAGGCACCUACCUGGACGGGUAUGGCUUCGAGGUCGAGUUCGCCUACCCCAUGGAGGGCUCUGGCCUCAGCGGCGAGGGUGUCCGCGACGCGGGACGCAACUUCGUCAUCUUGGAGCGCAAGGGGUGGGGGCAACGCCGUGCCGUUGAUCGGCUGCAGCGCAGUCUCUGCGUGCAGCUGGUGCAGAUCCAGAGCCUCCCGGGGGUCGCGGAGGCGCGGCCAGAUUGCAGCUCGCUGCGCAUUUUCCUCGGCGAGCUGGGGUGCAGGGCCCUCGUGGCCGUGGAUCAAUUGUUGGGGGAAGUAGGUGCCGUGUCGAUCUCCUUAGUUUACCAUGGUAGCUAUUUCAGACCGAUGGGGCUUGACGCGCGCGACGGGAGCGCCAUCGCGCGUGCGUCUGCGAUCGAAGCCGGCCGGCCGCGGAGUAUCUCUGCGCCCAGAGAAUUUAGAUUCAUUGGGGGGGGCGCCGCUCCCGAGCCAGGCGGCCGCAGUCUAGGUCGCAGUUGCCGAGGAGACUUCUCUUCCGUCUUGGCGUCCGCGUGCGAGAAGUUGGACGGCGGUGCGCUCGAGGUGGUCCCCGGCGCGAGCAUGUGCGUCAUCUGUGCUCUCACAGACGUGGACUUAGAUGCUGGGCGGCCGAGCCAGGCAGGGUUCGCUAGCGGCCCGUACUCUUGCCGGCACUUGUAG